AACGAUGCUAUUCUUGAUUUUAACUUUUUUUGUAUUUUUUUCAUGUACAAGUAGCCAGUUAAUUCCGAAUGUGAUUUUGACUGGGCAGCCAAGGUUGGUCGCCAGGAGGAUGCUCAAUGUGGAUCUGAACAAAGCCCAACAACUAGUUCAACUCGACGAUCAAAAUCAUAUACACAAUCGUGUAAAAAUACUUGAUGCUAAUUCUCAUUACCUCACUGGCCAAGAAACUCCCGUCGCCAUAUACCGCCGAGUACUCCGACCUGCCAAGAUCUCAUUCAUUGGGAAAAGCGUCGUGACAGAUCAAUGGAGAGGAACCAACGACGCCGUGGAACUAGAUUCAUGGACUUUAAGCAAGCGUCCAGUUAUCAGUGGAGCGUUCUUGCAAGCUCCUCGAGCAUUUCAUUGAUUAAUUCACAUUUGUAAAUAUGUAAUAAUAAAAAUGUUCAAAAACCUGCC